GAGAUUGAUAUAAUUUUAGAAAUAAAUCAUGUUUUUGUAAGAUAGAUUUUACCUUGUGAUUUUAAGUUUAAGUCAUGUUGGACCUAGAUUUAUGGAAUAGAGUUUGGGAUUUGAAUAAGUUCCGAGCCUUGUGCGUUUGUGGGACCCGUCUCACGAGUGCACGGCGUCUGUUGCACCUCGGAUUUGGGUUCUGGGGCGUGACAGAUUUAGUGGCUUACCGUUUUGGGUGUGUGAUGAAGAGGGACUCUAAGCUUUUCAGCUCCUCCCCUCUUCUUCCACUCCGGAAAUCAUUUCCAAUUCUUGAUGCUUUUGUUCUCUAAAUCUCCAGUUCCCUUCAGUUUUGGAGUGGUUGAUGAUUUUAGUGUCUGUGUGAAUCUGCUUGUAAGCUUUUGUUUCAGACUUAAAACAAGUUAUUUUGCAUUCGUAAUGGUAAUUAAAUUGGUUCGUUUCUCGUGUUUCAAUCGUAUGACUCUGGUUCAAUACAUCUGUUUGAUACUUGAUGAUUUUUGAGUGGAUAACUUGAUUUGCCUGUGUAAUGAACUUAGAUGUGAAGC